CGUACUGGCACGGUUUUUGGAGAAGAUUUACCAUUUGUGCUGGGUUUGCCAGGACCACCGUUGUUUCCUGCAAACUCAACUGUUCAGGAUCGUCAAGUUGCUGAUUUAUUUAUACAAUAUCUCGCCAAUUUUGCACGUACUGGGAAUCCCAACGGUCCGUCCACUGAUUCAAGACCUGAUCACACAUCGCCUCAACCAUAUUGGGACUCCUAUGAUACAAUUAAUCAACUAUAUCUCGAAUUAGGUGGUCCCGGCUUGGUGAGCAGCGUUCGUACGCAUUACCGCGGCCACAAGCUCUCGGCAUGGCUGUCGCUAAUUCCGCAGCUGCAUGGAAAUGCUGCAACUAUGUCCGACUUGCCGCCGCGUCAUCACCAUUUCAGGGAAGAGGGUCCGCAGUAUUAUGAUGGAUCUGUACGUCCACAAAGUGUUUUUAAAAGCGCAGUACGUUCGACAAGCACCAAAGCUCCAGUCAGUACAACGCCGACGCCGAAAGAAGAAACACUACCACGCCUUCUACAGCAAUUACCACAG